AAUGCUCCGCUACGCAGCGGUCGUAGCGGCUCCUCGUAAUGGCGACCGUGCCGUAGACGCGCCGAGGUUUGUGAAAAUGAAGCGAAGGAGAAGUUAUUUCUUUUAAGGAAAAACGCCGAGGUUCCCCAGCGGAGGACUUUGCGUCUCACAUCCACAGCUUUCUAACCGGGUUCAACUCGCGACUCUUUCUAACUUCUACCCCUGAAAUGAUGAAGGUAAAGUCAAACCAAACCCGGACGUACGACGGCGACGGUUACAAGAAGCGGGCCGCCUGCCUGUGCUUCAGGAGCUGCUCCGAGGAGGAGGUGCUGCUGGUGAGCAGCAGUCGGCACCCCGAUAAGUGGAUCGUCCCCGGAGGGGGGAUGGAGCCGGAGGAGGAGCCCAGCGUCGCGGCCGCCAGAGAAGUGUGUGAAGAGGCGGGUGUCAAGGGCACUCUGGGUCGGCUGGUCGGCGUGUUUGAGAACCGUGAGAGGAAGCACAGGACCUACGUGUACGUGCUGGUGGUCACGGAGCUGUUGGACGCCUGGGAAGACUCGGUCAACAUUGCGGCCUGUUCGUCUACGUCCACAGGGAGGAAGAGGGAAUGGUUCGCCGUGGACGAGGCCAUGCGCGUGCUGCGCCGCCACAAGCCCGUGCAGGCCACCUACUUCCAGGCCCUGCGCGACGGCGACGGCUGCCUGACCAGCAACGGCUCCCCCCUAGUGGGCAGCAUCAGCGGCGAGCUGUCCCCCGGCUACAGCCUGAGUCAGAGCUCCGUGUCGGGGAUUAGAUAACUGUGAGCCCGGCCUGCAGCGCCUCUCCCUCCCCCCCGUUCCACCCCCCCCCCCCCCCCCCAGGGCUCGUUUCUGUCGGGCCGUCGCCACCUGCGCUCUUACUAAGAAUCCUCCUCCUCCUCCUCCUCCUCCUUCUCUUUCUUUCUUUGGUCGCUCUUGUUUUGUAUCUGAAUAACAUAGUUUGCCUUGCCAACUCUUUUUGUGCCAGUGCUUUGGCACAGACUUGAUCACACCGGGGGUGACUAUUCUGAGGAGAAGCAAAAAAAAAAAAGACAAACUAAAAAAUGAAUUAAUGUUUUCUUUAACUGAAUACCCCCCACUCCCUCAACCCUCGUUACCUAGUUUUAUAUUUUCUUCUUUUCACUGACGACUGCAUGAGGUUCCUCCCUAAACUCCUUCCUUCCUUCUCUCCCCUAAGGCACCCUUAGCGCGGUGAUUUAUCGAAUGCAAGAACUACUUCUUCUCACUGUCGUGAUGUGACCGUUGUGUCCGUAGUGCUUACGCUGGAGGCUUCUGGUGACCGCCGGCUCCACUCGGCCUCGCCCUUCCCCUCUUCCUGUGGCUGAAUGUGCGCAUGCGUGUGCUGUCCCCUCUCCUCCCCCAAGGGGCCCCCGAUGUUGAUAGCCGUCUCGCUAGUCCUCCCCCUGGGCCUUUUAAUAGCCGGCAGCCAUCUUGGCUCUAAACGCUACCUGGCUGGUGGAGCUGAAUGCUGAAUUCAGUUGGCACAGCAAGGGAGCUCAAGGAAAAAGACCCAAAGUGACAUCACCAGUGGGCGUGUCCUCUCAGAGGUCACAAAUCGACAGGGUCGGUUUUGAAUUGUAUCGGACCUGGUAGUACUUUCUUUUUCAUGAUACAAAGCGCGUUGUGUUUGGAUGCGUGUUGCGCGGCAGGUAUUGCUUGAGCGCUUCUUUUGUUUCUUCUCUCUCUCCCUCUCUCUCUCUCUCUCUCUCUGUGUUUUUGAUUAAUCUCCUUCAUUUCAUUUCAUAUUUCUCUGUCUCUCAGACCAGAAGGAUUUGGGCCCCCUUGCAAGCGCUCGUACUUUCUUUUUUUAUUCAGUUUUUGAAUGUGUCAAGUACAUUUCUCCACAUCUGGUGGGGAACACCAGCCAAUCACUACAGGUUCACCCUAGAAUACUGUACCCCUGUGUACACAGCGAGGGCAGCCAGGGGGUGAAUGUAACACCACCCUUCAUUCAGCAACGCCAUUCUCUUUGGAGAGCACCCCGUUUUAUUUCACCCACCGACAUACCGUUUGAACCCCCCCCCCCUCUUCAGUGACAUCCCAAGUGGGAGGGUCCGUCCGGGUCGACUGUAGCGUGAGCCAAUCGCCACGCAGCUGGAUGACUUCCAUUUGUGAGGUCACUAAGGGGUCUAAACGGACUGCCCAUGCUCCUUAAGGUCACACUUGGGCAAAGAGGGGCCUUCUCACCCCCCCCCCCCCCCCUUUCAGGGGAUGUUGGUUCAGUCCUGGAAGUGAGGUAGACUUGUUCCGUAUGAUUAGGCUGCCUGCGUCACACAGACACCAUGGGUUUAUCAGUUCUAAAUUCAGCACAUAUCACUUUGUCGUCUUGCCCUUGUUGUUUUCCACUAAUUAUACUCUUCCCAUUCAGUUUGGUUAGUAGCGAUUGUUUACAUUCACUGUGCCCCCUCGCGGCACUCCUAGAUCCGGUGGUUUUUAAAUGUUGUUUUUGUGGGCACUUUUAUGGUCUGUUUUUGUUUUUGUUUUUCAUCAUGAAGUAUUUAAUCUGCAUCCUUUAAAAAAAGAAAAGGGAGGGGAAAAAAGAAAGACAAAAAAAACCUGCUUGAGAAUGGAAAGUGAUGUUAAGGCGCUGUCUUUGUUGAGAUGCAGAACGGGCAGCGACGUGUACAGUUUGAGACUUUUUUUUUGUUUUUAACAUGUAAAAUGCUUUUUGGAUGAUAGUUUGUUUUUUGUUUUCCCUCGCGCUCUCUCUCAUGCCCGGCCGACUUCUCUUAACGCCGGCCUGUGUCGUCGGCCGCGGCCGGCGCAAUACUGUGAACCUGAAGGCGUUGUAGAUAGCAUGCAAGACGUUUUUACUGUAAAUUGUUAAUUUCUGUAUAGAUCAAAGACGAGUACUAAAAAAAGACAGACGUCUGUGAGUGCAACAUGGUGUUUCAGUCGGGCUCCACGAAACGUUGGCUUGACCUUUUCUAUUCGGAGCAACGUUGAUGAGGCGGUGAGGUUUGAGGCCAGGCCUUUUCAAAAUAAAAGUUGGCUUAAGAACAAGCAAUGUCGCAAGCUUCUGGGGUGAAGGGAGGAGUAUUUAUUACAACAAGAAAAAAUUAACUCCUUUUGAGAAUUACCCAAACCAAAGUAGAUGUAUCCAAAUUUAAAUCAAAUACACAAAACUAAAUGAAUGCAUUUCAUUUCCCUUUUUAAGAGGAGAAAGUGGCCCAGGAAUAUGACCUAUCAAAUCUGUAAUCUGAUUGGCUUAACCACUUGUCUGUCAUGUAUAUCCUGAUCCUGGCCGGCAUGCGAUAUAGCUGGGCCAUGGUCGACCUGCUAGUGGCUCCAAAGCUAUUUCGGCUCAGUCACCAAUUCAUGGUUAAUGGGAGAAUCUUCAUCUGACAGAAUAGUUAACUUCUAAUUGCUUACCGGACCUCUUCGCUAAAGACCCUUCAUUAUUCCAUCCGGGUCGAUCAAUGUAUUUGAAAAGGCAGAGGAAGUUCUUAUCUCGGCUGUGAAAAUGCCUUUCACUGAUGAUCUUGAAUCUUUGACCUUUUAGAGGUACUUUUAUCGCUGAGCGGACAAGGUGUGGUGUUCAAAGUCUUUGGUUUACCUGCAAAACAGCUCAACCUCCCUUUAUGUGGUAGUAAGGUGAACCUACGUCUGUGACAGUGGGACGGAGGUCUUCAAGCCUUCCGUCCGGCCUGAGUAGAUGUUGGUCUCGACAAACUUAUUACUGUUAUAGCAAACUGAAUGUGAGGGCUUUUCACCAAUAACAACAAGUGACAUUUACUACUUCUGUAACUCAUUCAUGAAAUUGUAAAUGUGUCCCAUCUUUUUUUAUUUGGGGUGGAGGGGUGAUGAUGCCAGAACCCUUCCUUCUUUCUCCCAUUUCCUGAUUUAUUAAAAUAAACAUUUUCUGUUCUGAUAUUUGAAAUGGAGGAUAGGGCUGAGGACAUUGAACUAUGGUGCCCCCGCCCUCAGUCACACAGCGGUAAAAUUACAAACCGCUGGCGCCAUCUAACGUCAACAUUGAGUACUACAAAUUGAAGAUAACUUUCGUGUAGUAAAAAUGCAGCAUAGAUGUUUUGAUAGUGAUUUCGCUCAUUACCUCCUUUAAUUACUACCCCGAAGCAAGCUGCGAAAAUCUAAUCAAAUCCCUCCAAGCACUUGUUCUGAUGGAGCUCAGCCUUGAAGUUACGUGUGUGUAAUUGUUCUACAAGGUAUGCAUCACUGGACUUUUUUCUGUGGAGUAAACCAGUGAUAAGACUGAAGAUUGUAAUAUACAUGUGCCAACAAAUAAACACCAGUAUUUCACA